GGGCCGGCGCGCCUCCGGGAGGGGCACCGCGGCGGGCCGGAGCAGAGGGGCCGGCAGGCCAUAGGAGUCUUGGGGCAACUGAAGGGACUUCCUGAGGCGAGGAGUGGAGGCAGCCCCUCGCCCGCAGCCUGCAUCAUGCCCGCGCUGUCCACCGGCUCAGCUGGAGACACAGGGCUGUACGAGCUGCUGGCUGCACUGCCUGCCCAGUUGCAGCCACACGUGGACAGCCAGGAAGACCUAACCCUCCUGUGGGAUGUGUUCGGUGAAAAAAGCCUGCACUCUCUGGUGAAGAUUCAUGAAAAGCUGCAUUACUAUGAGAAGCGGAGUCCGGCGCCCAUUCUCCAUGGCGCGGCAGCCUUGGCAGAUGACCUGGCCGAAGAGCUUCAGAGCAAGCCAGUCAGCAGUGAGAUCCGAGAGCUGCUGAAGGUGCUGUCAGAGCCGAACGUGAAGGCUCUGCUGUCAGCACAUGAUGCUGUGGCUCAGAAGAGUUACGGCCCUGUGUUGCCUCCUGUGCCUGACGAUCUGGACGACGAGGAAGACUCUGUAAAAAUAAUCCGCCUUGUAAAGAACAGAGAGCCCUUGGGUGCUACCAUUAAGAAGAAUGAGCAGACGGGGGCCAUCGUGGUGGCCCGCAUCAUGAGAGGAGGAGCUGCAGAUAGGAGCGGUCUUAUUCAUGUGGGUGAUGAGCUUAGGGAAGUGAAUGGGAUACCAGUGGAAGACAAGAGACCUGAGGAAAUAAUCAAGAUUUUGAGUCAGUCCCAGGGAGCAAUUACAUUUAAGAUCAUACCCAGCAUCAAAGAGGAGACAUCGUCUAAGGAAGGCAAGAUGUUUAUCAAAGCCCUUUUCGACUACAACCCUAAUGAGGAUAAGGCGAUUCCAUGUAAGGAAGCUGGGCUUUCUUUCAAAAGGGGAGAUAUUCUUCAAAUUAUGAGCCAAGAUGAUGCAACAUGGUGGCAAGCAAGGCACGAAGGUGAUGCCAACCUCCGAGCAGGCCUUAUCCCCUCCAAGCACUUCCAGGAAAGGAGAUUGGCUCUGAGACCACCAGAAAUACCAGUUCAGCCCCUGAAACUUUCCAACAGGAAAUCAUCUGGCUUUAGAAGAAGUUUUCGUCUGAGUCGAAAAGAUAAGAAAACAAAUAAAUCCAUGUAUGAAUGCAAAAAGAGUGAUCAGUAUGAUACAGCUGAUGUACCCACUUAUGAAGAAGUAACCCCGUAUCGACGACAAACUCAUGAGCAAUACCGACUUGUUGUCUUGGUUGGUCCUGUGGGCGUUGGGCUGAAUGAACUGAAGCGGCGGCUGCUCAUCAGCGACGCGCAGCACUACGGCGUGACAGUGCCCCACACGACCAGAGCAAGAAGAAGCCAGGAGAGUGACGGUGUGGAAUAUAUUUUUAUAUCCAAGCAUUUGUUUGAGACAGAUGUACAAAAUAACAAGUUCAUUGAGUACGGUGAAUAUAAAAACAACUACUACGGCACCAGUAUAGACUCGGUUCGCUCUGUCCUAGCUAAAAACAAAGUCUGUCUGCUGGAUGUCCAGCCUCAUACAGUGAAGCACUUAAGAACGCUAGAAUUCAAGCCCUAUGUGAUCUUCAUCAAACCUCCAUCAAUAGAACGCUUGAGAGAGACAAGAAAAAAUGCCAAGAUUAUUUCAAGCCGAGAUGACCAAACAGCCGCCAAGCCCUUUACGGAAGAAGAUUUUCAGGAAAUGAUUAAAUCCGCAAAGAUAAUGGAAAGUCAAUAUGGUCAUCUUUUCGACAAAAUUAUAAUAAAUGAUGAUCUUACCAUGGCAUUUAAUGAGCUGAAAACAACUUUUGACAAGUUAGAGACCGACACCCACUGGGUACCAGUGAGCUGGCUGCACUCAUAGCUCAAGGGAAUUGCUGCCCGUCAUUGUCAUAGGGCGUGACCGGAAGAGUUGACGGUCUGGUGACAAGGUUUUUAAAAUUUGUAUCCAUGUCAUAGAUGUACAGUCCUGGCAAAAAUUGAAUAUUGGUUUGGCUUGUGUCUUUUUAUAGCCUUAUUUGAAACAUAGUACAUAUCUAUAAGAUCAAAGUAUCAAAUUCCAUACAAAUUUCAUACUGUAUUCUGAGGAGAACUCAAGACCUCCUGGAUGUAUUUAAUGUGGUCUGGCUCCAGUGUGAGAUUCCACUUCAAAAAGAGACAGGUAGGUCAGAGUUCGUGCCUCACUGGGCUCACAUGGUCACUGUUCCCCCUCCCCCACUCCAUACUGGCAGUUGAAAGUAGGACCUUAGCCACCUCGCGUGGCUCCAUUAGCAGGGCUGCUCCAGUGCCCGGUGGGUCGUCACGGAUCUCUGGGCUGGCACUACAGAGUCCUCUUACUAUUCAAAAAGUGCAAACUGUGCUUAAGAUACAAGCUGUGUUCUGAUGUGCCUCCUAAGACUGCAGAUAACUAAAGCUUCACCGUGAGGACAUACUUACAUAUCAUGAUGCAUCAUUGCUUGAGAAUCUUAGAUGAGUACAUGUCAGUAACCCAACAACGUCUUUCCAAGGAAAAACUGAUUUUCUAGGGGAGCAAGUCAUGAUUCUUCUGCUUCAGCCCCUACAUAGCUGGAGUUACAGGCAUGUGCUGCUGUACCAGGCUUGGAAAGUAGACUUUUAAGAAGUAUUGAUAAUGUAGUUAACAGCCUUUCUGUAUGAAUGGUGGUCUCCAAGGGCAAGGAAUGAUUACAAAGGGCAAUUUUUAAAAAUUAUAAAUUCUCAGAAGACAUUUCUGCAGUUAUCCAAAAGGAUUUUAUAUCUUGCAUUGGUCUUUAUCAACAAAUUUUAAGAAUGUGGUUAGUAAUCUGAAACAUGUAAAUAUAUUUUACAUGUUAGAAUACAGUUCAAGGAAAUAUAUUUUUUCCAGUUUGUCCACUUUUCAUCAACAUACAUUUAAAUUUGGGCUAAAAUGUGUUGAGAAAAUGUAUUGUGUAAUAUUGUUAUUGCCUUGUCACCAACAUGGUUCUGUGCCCUGGCUAGAUUCCGUUGUAACUUUGCCAUUGUUAGAGGUUUAAGAAAGACACCUUGUGAAUAUGUGGAUGGCCUCUUAAUACUGCUGAUCUUUAACCAGUGAGUAGUUACACAAUUCACGCUUCUCCUGGUGCGCAUGAGCUCAUGAAGAGAGCAGUCGCUCCCGCCCUUGCAUGCAGUAAGGCCCGGCCUGCUGAAGAUUACUCUUUCUGAGACUUUCACACAAAAGUAUUUUUGUUGCUUUGUAAAGAGUUUAAAUGUUACGUUUAAAGAAAAAUAGAAUUUAGUGGAAAUAUAUAUAUUUAUGAGAUAUUUGAAAGGCAUAUUUUUUUAAUUAUCAAAUGAGGCUAUACAUAAAACAACUUGAUUUUAUGUAAAGAUGUCAUAAUUUAAAAUAGUAGUUUUAUAAAUCAAGGUCAACAUUCCAUGUAAAUACUCGACCUUAAAGUGGAUAGAUACACAGCCUGUUAUAUGUGCAUUCAUCAUUAGCUUUCUUUCAGAAAUGGAGAAAAAUGACUCCAAGGACCUUGUUACAUGUUCACACUGACAGUCUGAUAAUCAGACUAAAUGUUAUCAAUAUAACCCAAGUGCAUUCUAAGUUUACUAAUUAAAUAGCAAGCCAUUCAACCUAAAAAAGAGCACCAUUACCAAAUCUCAUUUGGAAGUCAUACUGUCAAGUUCUGCGGCUCACCCGGGAGAGGCGCGAGGGUGAAUUCAUUGGGUAGGUGGGAUAUUUGAAAGAUCCUUUGUACAAUGACUCAGUUUCAUAUAAAGCAAGACUUUCUAUGCCAAGGAUAAUGGGGAGUAUGUAUGAAUAUGGGAGAGUCUCUGAAUAAUUUAGCCAGCUCAUGUUCUUGACUCUAAAAUAUCUACAUUGAUUUUGUUGUUGUUGUUUUUCACCUUCAGCUAAUUGUCUCAAGUCUUUAUUUAGAGAUAGAAAUAGUGUAGGGUUGUGGAAAUGAGUCCUUUCGCGUGGUGGUGGUGGUAGGGAUGUUAUAAAAAUAUAGCUGCCUUGAGUUUACAGAUCCGAGCUCAUCAAUGUAUUUUUAAAAUAAUGGAAGGAAAGUCCAUUUAAGCAAUCAGGUGGUAAAGUGCCUCACAUGUGAUAUGUCUUGAUGGUUCCAAAGAAAUUUGAUUAAAACAUUUGGUAAGGCAGCCCAGUCCAGGGGCUUUUUUAUGAUGGUGGCAGGAGACCUUUGCUUCUGCACUUCGCUGGCUCUUCGCCCUCCUCCCCGCCGGAAGAGCACUUGGCACCUCACUUUCACCUGCGGCUCUGGCGUGUCAGCCAAGAUUUCAGAAAAAGGGAAUGUUUAAGCUUUCAAGUUUACAUGUGUAAAAUCCAAGGCCAGAAGGAAAAUCUGUCCUCCUACUCCCUGUCCUAAUUAGAGCUGCUUAAAAAUACAAAGUGAAAUUAAAAGAAUUGUUUUUUAAUCAUGAUUUUGCUGAGCAAUUUGUAAACUCUUGGUAUCUUUAAGGCUGACACUCCUGAUAAUGUGUAAUCAUUGAAUGUAUCUAAGUUGUAGGGAUUUAAACUUGGCAGACAUGUGAACGAUUUACAAAACCAUGGAGUUAAAAUCUUCCUAAAGCUAUAAAGGGUUUUAUUUACUUCCUUUUGGACUAGGAGAAGUUUAUAGAUGAAUACUAUGGAAAACUGUUUAUCCUAAUAAAGCAUCUUCAAACACUGUA